GCAUUCGAAGGCCGGAGAUGCCCGCGGGGGGUGUCACCCGCGGCUCGGCCGAGCUCAGCCCCCGCGGCCGGGGCGGGCCGCGGCUGCGCCGUGACAGUCGCGCCCGGCUGCAGACACCGCCAUGUUGUGCCGCUUUGCCGCCGCGAGCAGAAGCAGUGCCAAGUUGGUAGCACCCUUGGGGUGCUUGGUUUCUAGGCAGAAGCACACUCUUCCUGACUUGCCAUAUGACUAUGCUGCUCUGGAACCUCAUAUUAAUGCAGAGAUCAUGCAGCUGCACCACAGCAAGCAUCAUGCCACCUACGUGAACAACCUGAACGUUGUCGAGGAGAAGUACAAGGAGGCACUGGCAAAAGGUGAUGUUACAACUCAGGUGUCACUUCAACCUGCACUGAAGUUCAAUGGUGGGGGUCAUAUCAAUCACAGCAUCUUCUGGACAAACCUUUCUCCUAAUGGAGGAGGAGAACCUAAAGGAGAAUUGAUGGAAGCCAUCAAGCGUGACUUUGGUUCUUUUGCAAACUUCAAGGAGAAGCUGACAGCUUUAUCAGUUGGUGUCCAAGGAUCAGGCUGGGGGUGGCUUGGCUAUAACAAGGAGCAGGGGCGCCUACAGAUAGCAGCUUGUGCAAAUCAAGACCCUUUGCAAGGAACAACAGGUCUCAUUCCUUUGCUAGGCAUUGACGUAUGGGAACAUGCUUAUUAUCUUCAAUAUAAAAAUGUUCGACCUGAUUAUUUGAAAGCCAUCUGGAAUGUGAUCAACUGGGAGAAUGUAUCUUCAAGAUAUGCAACUUGCAAAAAGUAGAGUGGAAUUCUUGCACAGACUACUAAAAUGUCACCAGUUCUACUCUGAUACCACUCUUGUAGUAGUGCCUGUGGCUUACAAAUGAAUUGUUCUACUGCAGAAAGCACUUCACUCAUCCAACAAAAGCGUUUCAUAAUCAAGCACAGUGUCUGCUUGUUUAAUUCUGUGAAAGGUAUUUACUUAGAGUUCUGAAGCUUUAAACUGUUGUGCAAGAAAGGGAGGCACUUUGAUCUGUUCCAUUGCAUAUAGAAACAUAGGUCACCUUGCUGAAGCCUAAUGGAUUCCCUUGUUGCACUAAAAUACCUAAGUGGAAAUAUGUGCUACUGUUACUAUAAACAAAUAAAACUCAAAAGAAGAAUCUUCUA